UUUUUUAAUAUUUUAUUAUAUUAAUUCAGUUUUAUUAAUUUAAAAAAAUGGUAAUGAAAAGCAGUAAAUUAGAUAAAUACGAAAAACUAGAGAAAAUAGGAGAAGGUACAUAUGGUGUUGUCUACAAGGCAAAAGAUAAAUAAACAAAUUAAUUAUAUGCAUUAAAAAAAAUUCGUCUUGAAAGUGAAGACGAGGGAAUCCCUUCAACAGCUAUAAGAGAAAUAUCCCUUUUAAAAGAAUUAUAACAUAUAAAUGUUGUUAAACUUCAUGAUGUGAUUCAUUCAAAUAAAAAAUUAAUUUUAGUUUUUGAAUUUGUUGCUUAAGAUUUAAAGAAAUUCAUGGUAGGAUUUAAAGAAACUGGUUUGGAUGCUAAAGUAGUGAAAAGUUUGCUUUAUUAAUUACUUAAGGGAAUCGAAAUAUGUCAUAAAAAUAAAAUCCUUCAUAGAGACUUAAAACCUUAGAAUUUAUUAAUAUCUGAUGAUGGAAUUUUAAAAUUAGCAGAUUUUGGUUUGGCUAGAGCCUCAGGGAUACCAGUUAAAAAUUAUACGCAUGAAGUAGUUACUUUAUGGUAUAGACCUCCUGAUGUUUUAUUAGGAUCUAAAAAUUAUUCUACUUCUAUUGAUAUUUGGAGUGUUGGUUGUAUUUUUGCAGAAAUGGUUAAUUUGAAAGCAUUAUUCCCAGGAAAUUCAGAUUCUGAUUAAUUAAAAAAAUCUUUAAGAUUACAGGCACUCCUAAUGUGGAAUAAUGGAUUGGCUUAGCUGAUUUACCAGGAUGGAAACAUUUUUAGGUAUGGCAAAAAAUUAGCAACAUGUUCAGAUGAUAAAUUAAUAAAAAUAUGGUAGAAAAAUUCAGAAGGAGGUUGGGAAUUAUAAAGUUCAAUCCAAACCGAAGAUGGUCCUGUAUGGAAGAUAAAAUGGGCACAUCCAUCUUUUGGGAUAAUGCUAGCUGCAUGCUCAAUAGACCGUUCAGUAUAUAUAUACGAGGAAUUUAGAGACAUAACAUUAAAUAUGAAUUCAAAAUGGAAAAUAACCAAAUUAUAAAGUGACAAAGAAUAAAUAGAGGAUAUAAAAUUUGCACCUGAAAGUCUUGGUUUAGUCUUAACAGUAGCCUAUUCAGAUCGUUGUAUAAGGAAUUUUAUUUUUAAAGACAUGAUAAAUUUAUAAUUAUAUUCUACCCUUCCUGAUAUUUUAUUAAAUAUGCCUGUAAAUUGUGUUUCUUGGAAUAAAAAUAGAUUUGAGCCUGCUAUGAUAGCUAUUGGAUGCAAAGAAUAAGAGUCAAAAUAAUAUAAUAGAGAUAAUAUAAUGGAAAUUCAAUAAAAUUGUUUUUGUAUUUAUAUUUAAGAUGAAAAAACUUAGUCUUUCAAAGAAAUUAAGUUCUCUAAUUAAGAAUAAACGCAUAAAUAAACUGUUAAUGAUGUUUCUUGGAGUUAAUUGAAUGGAAGAUCUUUCCAUUUAAUUGCAACAUGUGGGAAAGAAGGAGCUAAAAUUUGGUAUUUAUAAUAUAAAUAAGAUUCUAUGCAGGUUUUAUAAGUUUUUGAUUUAAGUGGUUUUAAUUUAAUUAAUGCUGAAGUAUAAAAAAUAUCUUGGAAUAUUAUGGGAAGCCUUCUUGCGACUUCUGAUAGUAAUAACGAUAUUACUCUUUAUAAAUCUUUUGGAUAUGGAUAAUGGAAAAUGAUUAAGUCUAUUGAAGAAUCAUAAAAUAAUGAUAAAAAUUAAAAAUGAAAAUUCUUUAUUUAAAUUUAUUUAUUCUUAUAUGUUUAAAUAAGUUUAUUUUUUUUG